UGAAUGAAAAUUAGGAAAUACUUAAAAUGGUGGUCGAUAAUCUCAUACUUUGCAUUCUUGUAUUACUCUUUUGGGUUACCAACAAUCGAGAGUCCCCAGAAUGGGAGGGGUGACCUGGUAUCAAUGGGGAGCACACACUUCUUAUCCCCAAACUCUCUCUAUCACCUCUUCUCAAACCCUAAUAAACCUCUCCAAAACCCUAAUUUUUCAUCAAAAUUUUGCUGCUCUUCAUCCUCUAGACCUAAUUGGGGUUCCAAUUUCGACACGUCUCAGCGCCGGAAAUUCGAAUUUGAAGAUGAAUUUGGGAGGAGAGAGAAACGGAGGAAGAAUUGGUGGUCAGACGAUGAUGACGACGACGACGACGAAGAAGAAGAGUCUGGAUUUUGGGAAGAGUCUUCUCCUGCUAUUGACUGGUUCUUCAAGAUAGCCAAAGCCUUUGGUUGGAUGGUUCCAAUAGUUCUGUUAUCAACAGUAUUAGAUACAGGAUCAAAUUCACUCAUGAUGGCAUUGGUGCUUCCCUUGGGACAAACAGCCCUUUCCCUAGUAAUGGAUAAACUAUGGGAAGACCCAAGCUCUAGCCGAAAUUUCAGGCCCCAAUCCAGGCCAAGGUCAAAGUCUAAGACCAGAAGGUCCAGGUCUAAGGGAUAUGCACGAAAGGCAAGAUCCCGUCCACGUCCUGUAAAUGGUGACUAUAAGUCAUGGGAGGCAGCUAAGAAAGAUGGGAGACCUGAUUCGAAAUUUGGUGGAUGGGAUGAGCUGGAUCAAGAAGUAGCGAGAAGCAACAGCUUUGCUGACGAGCAAAAGCCAAAGGUUGAUACUGGUAAAUUGAGUAGGACACUAAACAAAGAUAAACCAUUGUUCAUAAGGUUGCUGAUUGCUGUGUUUCCAAUUUUGGGCUCAUGGAUCAGGUUCCUUUUCUGAAUUGAAUGUGAAUAACAAUCAGCGACAUGAGGGAUUGAUUAUACAGUACAUAUUUUGCUUUAGAUAUGUGAUUAUUAAUUGAAUUAUGUAACUAAUGUAAGAUAUGAAUAUUAGCUUCUUUUUGUCUCAGUUACUAUAGCUCUCCGUGACAGACUACAAUGUUAUUGAAAUGGCAUGAGAAGUUGGCGUGA